UGGAGUCUGGGCAGUCUAGCUCGAUCUAAAAUGGCGGUCGCGCUACUAGUGCGCUCUAUAGAGUAUUAACGGUACUAGCGAUUAGAAAUUUGUAACAAAGCAUGCAUAUCUAAGCGUCAUUUUUGGGUGAAUUACACGAGAAACACAAACAAUAUUUUGUGUUUGAAUUUCAAGAGCAAAGAAUUAUAAACAAUGCCAGGCUGUUGUGUGCGGAAUUGUAGCAAUUCUUCUGAAAAAGGAUUCUCCAUGAGAUGUUUCCCUACAAAUCAGGAAAGAAAAGCUUUGUGGAUAGCUAAAAUCAAUAUUCCAGAUUGGAAGCCAUCAAAAUAUAGUCGGAUAUGUGAAGUUCAUUUUCCUGAGGAAAUGUGGGAAAAGGACCGUUGUGAUGGUACUCGACGAUUAAAAUGUAAUGCUGUGCCCAUUAAUUUUUCAUCGUCGAGCAACCAACCUCGCAAUACUGACAUUUCAUUAAAUCAAGAACGUGAAGAAAUAAAUGUCGACACUUUAGAUGGGAAAGGCUCAUCAGCGAAUGACCUACAAUUAUCACCAAUACCAUCAAAAGAUGUAGACCCAUCUGCGACAAUAAGCAUAGAAGAGGAAAUCGAAAUUCAAGGAAAUCGAAAUUCAAAUCAGCUAAUUGAAGAAUUAAGAAGAAAAAAUGAAGAACUAACGCGAACCUUAGAAAAUCGUGAAAAACUUUACGACAAAGUGCUCCAAAGAAAUGAGAGAUUCAGAAGGGUUUUAAAGAAAAAUCUAAGAAUAGUGAAAGGAGAAAUGGAAAAAUAUGAAAAACUACAAACUUCGUUGAAGAAAGUCUUCAAUAAGGACCAAAUCACUUGGCUCAUGGGUUCAAAUAAACGUCGUUGUACAUGGUCAGAUGAAACAGUCAAGCGAGCUAUUCGUUUGAAAUUAGCAUGUGGUAGUAAUGGAUAUCAAGAAAUUUUAAACCAAAAUAUUCCAUUACCUUCUGAAAGGACAUUACGGAGAAAAUUAGAAGGUGUUGAAUUUAAAGAAUUAACGAAUUUGAUUUGAUGAUAUUUUUGAAAUUUUAAACAUCAAAGUACAAACAUUUACCGAUAAAAAAAUAGAGACUGUGUACUUGUUCUGGAUGAGAUGACUAUAACUCCUGGUAUUCAGUAUGACCAAGCAGAAGAAAAAUAUUGCCGACAUUAUUUUUGCUUUUUGUAUAGCAAAAAAUGAAUCCGUUUGUAAGAAAUGCUUGGCUAUCAUUGGUUCUACUAGUCCAUUGCCUAAUUUUAGGUUUUCAGAGCUAGUCAAAUUACGUCGUUAUCGUCCCAAUACGCUUUUUUUGUUUAUGAUGAGAGAACUUUUGAUUUAUUUCUUGAAAAAAAUUCUUCGGACAUAUUAUUUACCAUUCUUAAAGAAUUCGAAUUUAAAUUUAAAACAAUUUUUCAAAAACAAAUGAUGUCUAUAGAUUGUUCCUUUUUGAAAGAUUGUCACAACUUGGCAAUAAAAUUAAAAAUACGUACAUAAGAUUUCGAUUAAGAAUAUAUUCUAAAACAAAAAGGGACACAAAUCAGUUGUUUAUAGUAGUAAAACUGUGGCUAUGCAUAAUGUUAUUAAAUAAGUUAUUAUAUUGUUAAUAUGUUAAUGUUAUUAUAUUUUUAAUUUGAACAAACUGUGAUAUGCAGCAUACAAACUGUAAGACUUGUGUUUUAAAGUGUAUCUUUAACUAGAACUAUUGUAAUUAAGAGCAAAUAAAUAUUUUUUUAUGCUAAAAGCU